ACUUGAGAAUUGCUCUCUCUCUCUCUCUCUCUCUCUCUCUCUCUCUCUCUCUCUCUCUCUCUCUCUCUCUCUCUCUCUCUCCUUCCACGCUCGCUCCGGCCUUCAUUGUUGCUUUCAUCUGUGUAUAGAUGUCGCAGUUGAUCACUCCUCGUUGGAGUGUGUCCAAUGCGGCUCCUACAUCAUCAGCAUCUACUCCAGGCGUGAGUGCUCCAGGCGUGAGUGCUCAGGUGCCCGUAUCAUCAACAUCAUCAGUGUCGGUUCAACCUCUCAGUGCACGGCGGCCUCACCGUCGCCGCCGCGAGCUGGAGCCUGGUGAUCACGCUUCCUCCUCCUCCGGAGUCAAUGGUGGGGCCUCCCAACCAGCUAAAAAAAACACCAGGGGGCCUAAUCGAAUGCUAAAGGAGGCACAGGCUGUACGUAUGUCCGCCUCCUUGAUCAAGAUUGCAUAUGACUCGCAACAUCGUGGAGCGGCUACCUCACAGCAGCAUAGUAGCGUUGUUACUAGCUGUGGUUAUGUUAUUCGGAAUUGUUGUCCUAUGCGGUGGGAGUCUUGGGCACAAAUUCCCGAGGAGACGAAGAAACUGGUGCGAGACAAGUUGUCGGUCAAUUUUGAUGUUAAGGACUUAUCCCCUGAGGUCAGUGCCUACUUAGAGGGGACCUUAGCAAACCGGUACAAAGAUUGGAAGAGCGCUUUUCACAUGCAUUUUCAGCUAUGGGAUGAUCCGGAGAUUGCUCGCCUAGAGGGUUGCCCAAACGAGUUGAGGGACCGGCCAGAGGAUUGGGAGUGGCUCUGUAAACAUUUUAUGGAUCCAAAAUUUGUGAAGAAAUCUAUUGCUGGCAAGAAAGCUCGGGACUCAAAGACACUUCUCCACCAAUAGAUUUAUUCUGUUAAACAUACAAUAGAUUUCUUGCCAGC